AUGAUCUCUCGUAAGCACUGCAUUUUCCAGCAGAAUGCAGAAGGGCAGUGGACUAUCAGGGAUAACAAGAGUCUAAAUGGAGUCUGGCUCAACAAACACCGCCUGGAUCCAUCCAGAGUCUAUCCUAUUGCUGAAGGAGACCUUAUCCAGUUGGGAGUGCCUUUGGAAAACAAAGAGACUGCUGAAUAUGAGUAUGAAGUAAUUAAAGAAGAAUGGGAGAAAAUCAGACCCUUUUUAGCCCAAAGAAGUGACCUGGAGAAAGCUAAGGGUUCAAAAAGUAAACGUAAAUUUACUGUGGAGGAAUUGGAGGUAUCUGGAUCAGAAGGCCCUUCAGACUCCAGAUGCAAAAGAGACAGAGUGUCCUGUGACAAUGAACCUUUAGAUAAAUCAUGGGAACAGGUAGAAGAGUCCAAAAGGUUAUCAGAGAAGAUGGACAUCAAGCUGCCUUCUCCUGGACCAAGUGUGGAGGAUAGUGGUCCAGUGCCUAGCAGCCCUGUUCACUCCAAGAAAACCGUGUCUGUCCCCCGUAAGCACCAGAAAGGCUCUGCUCUUCAACAGUCACGGACUGGCUUGGAAAUGCUGAGGAGAACUCUAGUAGACAUAACGAAAUUAAAAGUCAAAGUGCAGGAGAAGCAGACAGCAGUUCUGAAUGUGAAGCAGAAGCGCAGGAAGUGUGCUCAGAAGGAGAUCCUGGUAAUGGAGCAGGAGCUGCAGGAGUUGCAAGACCAGCUGAGCAUGGAACAAGAGCAGCAGCAGCAGCAGGUGGAGGAGCUGGAGAGGACAUUCUGUAAAGAGCAGCUAAAGGGAGAAGAGUGGCAACACGGGGAAGACAACCUGAAGGAGCAGCUUGCCCAGGUCCUGCAAGAGCAUCAUGCUUUGAUGGAAGAACUGAAUCGUAGCAAAAAAGAUUUUGAGGAAAUAAUUCGAGCCAAGAAUAGAGAACUGGAAGAAACUAAGGAGGAGAAGGAAAAGGUGAGAGCCCAAAAAGAAGAGGUGUUAAAUCAGAUGAAUGAUGUGUUGGAGAAUGAGUUGCAGUGCACAAUCUGUUCUGAGCACUUUAUCGAGGCAGUCACUCUGAACUGUGCACACAGCUUCUGCUCCUACUGCAUCGAUGAGUGGACGAAACGUAAAGUGGAGUGCCCUAUCUGCAGGCAGGAGAUCAAAUCAAAGACACGCUCUCUGGUGCUGGAUAACUGCAUUGACAGGAUGGUAGAGAAGCUGGAUGUGGAAACAAAACAGCAUCGCCUGACCCUUAUCAGAACGCGGCAAGAGAAACAGAAUGUGAUGGUGAAACCAGCCACAGACAAUGACAGAUGUGUCAUUUCUUCCACCUAUUCCAUCUUGUCGAUGAGCAGUUGUGACAGUGAGGACUCUGAGGAGGAUUCUUACCAUAAUUAAAGCUACUACAUUAUCUGAACACUCUUACUGCAGACUCAUUUGCCUGUGUGCUGUCCAGAACCAGCCUAAUGGUGUUUGAUUGUCUGCUGGUGUGGAGUGGACUAGGCAUCUGGAAGGAGGAACUCUAUGAAGAGGAUGGAGCUG